GGAAGCAGUUAGACGUCCACAUACAGGCUGGAGCUCAACAUGUAGUUCAUGUGCUGUAAGUUUGAUGUAAUUUUUUUUUUUUUUUCACUGACCCAUUUAAAUGUCUUUAUUAACUGACAGCUUAUGAUAAAAUACACGAAUGGCCGACAUCAUUCAUCCGGAAAGUGAAGGAGAUCUUCAGGCUCAAAUUGAAGAGGUCGAGGCGCUGUCAUCCAUCUAUGGGGAUGAGUGGUGUGUUAUAGAUGAAGCAUCCAGAAUAUUUUGCAUCAAAGUAUCCAACGACUUGGAGCAGCCAAAACUGACAGCGUGUUUGCAGAUAAUUCUCCCACCUGAUUAUCCGAGCGCAUCGCCCCCCAUCUACCAGAUCAAUGCAGCGUGGUUGCGAGGCCCCGAGAGGGCCAAAUUGGCAAACAGCCUGGAAGACCUCUAUGUGGAUCAUGUGGGAGAGAGCAUACUUUACCUGUGGGUGGAGAAAAUUCGAGAAUUCCUCUUGGAGAGAUCCCAGAGCUCAGAAACAGUGGAUCAACCAGAAAAGGUGAACAUGACAGCUGAGGAGGAAGUGGACGAUGAGGACAUACCGGACUUCAGGACUUUCAAACUGAACACAGAAAAUGCACAUCUCUUCAUUGAUCAAGGAAACGAUGAAGAGUCACCUCCUAUAAAACAUGGAACUACCAUCACUGACCGACGUAGCACCUUCCAGCCUCACUUAGCACCUGUGGUGACGCCCAGACAGGUAAAAAUGGUCCUGGAGAAGCUGUAUGAAAACAAGAAGAUUGCCAGUGCCACUCAUAAUAUUUACGCAUACAGAAUUUACUGCGAGGACAAGCACAGCUUCCUGCAGGACUGCGAGGACGACGGAGAGACAGCCGCGGGGGGGAGAUUGCUCCAUUUGCUGCAGAUUCUGGACGUACGUAAUGUCAUGGUGGUCGUGUCUCGGUGGUACGGAGGUAUUUUGCUGGGUCCGGACCGCUUCAAGCACAUCAACAACUGUGCCAGAAACAUCCUGGUAGAGGAGGGAUACACCGCCUCCACGAUGUAAGUGGACAGCAGAGUCUUGACCCGAGGAGCUGACCCUCCUGUGUUGUGCCGUUCCCGGUUGAUUUGUCUCCCCCAGUGUACAAGUCUGUUCAGCCAUGGCUGCACUGAACGUUCCUCUGUCUCUGCCUUGGUGUUUCGUCCUCAGGAUGGACAAGUUCUCCUCUCUGCCUGCUCUGGAUCUUUUAGAGGUUUUGACCAAGCUCUCUGUAUGUGGCUCUGUUCUUACUCCAUCCCCUUUUUUUUUUCUUUGUGAUCCCACGAAUGUUUAAUAGGAAAAAAAACUGAUGAAGUGAUGACAUUUUGUAACCAGAAGUUCAAAAGUCAACUUCAGCUGUGACUUCAUGAAGUUCUGCAUUAACACUGCUCUGGCCAUGAUUCAACACCAUAAUUCGGGGGAGGAGAUUGUGACCAUGUUUGAUAGUACUGAACUGGCAACACUUAUCUGAAACGGUGGUGAGUGAAGAGAUCUUCUGUGCUGCGGGGUUGAGGAUAUAUUGGAAGCAUCCAUGUUUUAGAAUUUGUAGUUUCUUUGUGGGAACAUCCAUAUUUGAAGCAUUGACUACAACCAUGGCUGGAACUUUAUGUUCAGAACGUGAACACAAACAAGUCUUCUCUCAAUGAACUGACACACUUACUUAGAGUCUUUGUCCAUCACAAGCUCAAUUUUUUUACUGAUACUGGGCUUCGGGGGAUUGUCCUCGCACCAUGUGAUGAAGCUUUCUGUAAGUCCUCUGUACUUGUGUGUAAAAAUAGACUGUAGUGUGUGAAAACAGUAUGUUUCUAGCUGUAGAUCUUACACGUCCAUACAGUGAUAACGUCUAUGCUGGCAAUAAAACCACACUGAAAUGCACGGAAUACCUUUUUAUUAAAUUUCUGUCUUCAGUCCGAACACUGAUCUGCCAAAACAUUAAGCCACGGGCAGGUGAAGUGUUUCUUUUACGAGUACCAAGCGUCUAGAGACCACUGCAGACAAAGUUCAACCAUUCAACAACACGCCACACAACGAAAAACAAUUCAGGAACAGCCCGAGGAACACGACACACAGCUCAAGGUGCCAACCAGGCUCUUAAAUCCAAAAGGCUUCAAUCUGCAAGAUGACAGAGGUGUACAGAGGCAUAAAAUCCCAGAGCAGUGAUUUUAGUUUGAAGGCUUUUUUUCUCGAGAGAGAAAAAAACAUAACUCUGUCAGGGUUAAAAACGACAGCAGGGUGUUUCUCUGAGGUUAAUGGGAUCCAGCGAGUCAGCAGAGGUGAUCGCCAUGUGGUGAGCGGUGAAAAGUGAGCGAGCAGGUUAACUCCACCGUCAUGAAACAAACCGUGUCAUCGCGGGUGAAUGAAACAAAAUCAAGUAUUUUUCAUAUUAAACUUUCCUUAACGAGAUUUUUUAAAAAAAUUGACUUUAGUACAAUAUGAAUGUAACAAUAAAAUAUUACUGCAGGAUAAUGAUUCUUAGUUUUCAGAUAUUUUUACACAUAUUCGAAGAGGUUUGAUAGAAAUCAGAGAAUGUGUUGGUUAACAUGAGUUCUGAUCGAUGACCUUGGAGGAAAGGAAAGAAAUCACUUGACCAAAUCGCUGAACUUGAUGGUGUAAAUAUCAUCAGAGCUGCUGCUGCUGCUGCUGCUGCUGCUGCUGCUGCUGAUGAUGAUGAUGAUGAUGAUGAAGAUGAAGAUGACUGGCUCCCUGCAGACAUCCAGCCGGCUGCUGCUCAGAUCAUUUCAUCUCAGCCUGCCUCAUGCAUGUCUGGUCCACUUCACCGUGUGAUUGCAGACUUCAGCCUUUGAUCAGUUGCUGGGCGGACAAAGGAGCAAAGCGUCAAGUCUGCAGAAAUCAGCCGAGGGGGGCG